AGUGUCAUACAGUUAGUUGGCCACUGAUUCUGAUCAAUUGGUGGGGACGUUUUUAAUUGGUGUUCAAGGCGUCGAAAUGCUCCACCGACUGCAGCUGUUGCUCGUGGCCAGCGGCGUGCUGGUGGGGCUGCCGAGCUCGUACGCGUACUACAGUGGGCCGUUUCUAUUCUGGGGCCUCAGUGACCUGAAGGACCUGCAAACGCCAGCCCUGGCCGGGAUGGACGACCAGGUUUUGCGGGACCUGUACUCGAACGCGGCCGCCGUGGUGGUGUUCCUGCGCAACGGAACGACCAAACUGUCCGAGGACAAUUUUCCCACCUUCAAGCGGAUCAUCGACAAGUACGACUUUGUGUACAGCCCCCAGCAAAUGCUGAGCUCGAACCCGCUCGAUUACAACGUUAAUGCUGAGAUUAUCAACCUCGUUGGGGCACCGUCGCAGCAGGACGUAGAGCUGUCGGCGCUGUUCCGCGAUUCUACCGAAAACUACGGCGAGCACAAGGUGCUGGGCAUUCUGGCCAACCAACUCGAAGAGCCACACAUGCUCCAGAAGCGCGAGGCAAAGGCGGGCGAUGAGUACCUGUCGACCAGCACCACACCCGGUAGCCCCACCGACGAGCCCGAGAUCGUCGAUUCCGUGUACAACGUGCCGGGCAAGGCGAUCGUGUACAUCACCGCGCCGCCGGUUCUGAAGAUGCUGAACGAUUCUGACGAGGCCGAAACGAUCCACGUUCUGGACAAGCACACACUGGCCACGUACGAUGCGCGCGAGCGCGAAAGUAAGCUGAUUGUGACGUUUAAGGUGGACGAAGCCACGAAGCUUACUCUUAAGUUCCGCUUCGAGAUGGACGGUGGCUACUGGUACAUGUCGAAGGUGGACGUAUUCGCCAUGGACACGAAAAGCAAGGAAGGAUCCAAGGCCCUCGACACCACCCUCGAGCUGGAGGGGAAGGCCCCGUACGCUCCACUCGGUGCCUCGUACUCCUGCGGCCGCCAGCUCGUGUUCCGUAACGGGAGCACCGUCCUGACGCUCGAAAACAUUCAGGUGCAACCGGCACUGGAGGGCAAAACCAAGUUCAGCAGCGCCUGGGACUGUGUCGGUUUCACCACGGCCCCGAUCCUGUCCGGUAUCUUCGUCACGUCGUUCAUGCUGAUCGGACUGACCAUCGCGAUCGUGGCGAUCCUCAACAUCAAGCCGCCGAACCGGUUCGAGUCGCGCACCGGCAAGCAGCUGACGUUCACGGUGCAGGAGUAAGGCACCGGGCCGACCUCUGGACGCGG